AUGUACGUGAAUGUGAGAGUUGACGAACUGGAGAAGGAGCGGGGUGAUGGAGCCUGGUGUCCAGUCGACCUCCUGUACCCUGACAGUGUGGAGUACCUGCAGAUUGACCUUCAUGCCCUCACCUUUAUUACGCUGCUUGGCACACAGGGGCGUCACGCUUAUGGGAGCGGCAAUGAGUUUGCCCGUGCUUACCAACUGGAUUACAGCCGGGAUGGGAGACGCUGGAUAACCUGGAAGGAUCGCCAGGGGAAACAGAUUAUUCCUGGAAAUGUCAACACUUACGAUAUUGUCCUGAAGGACUUACGGCCUCCGAUCAUCGCCCGCUAUGUGCGGGUGAUCCCAGUGACUGAGCAGCCGUCAAGUGUGUGUAUGCGGGUCGAGCUGUAUGGCUGUGUCUGGGCUGAUGGCCUGUAUUCAUACAGUGGGCCUGUGGGACAGACCAUCGAAAAGCCAGGGACAGCAGUCGUCUACCUCAAUGACUCUACCUAUGAUGGUGUUCAGGACUCCAAGCGCAGUCACAAUGGUCUGGGUCAGCUGACAGAUGGGGUCCUGGGGCUGGAUGAUUUCACCCAGAGCCACGAGUACCGCGUGUGGCCAGGGUACGACUACGUCGGCUGGAGCAACGAGACCUUUGCUGACCAAUACGUGGAGCUGGAGUUCGAGUUUGACCAACGCAGGAACUUCUCCAGCAUGAAGGUUCACUGUAACAAUCUGUACACAAAGUCGGUGAAGAUUUUCCAUCGGGUCGAGUGCUACUUCAAGCAGCAGCUGGUGGCGAACUGGGAGCGUGAGUCGGUCGGGGUGACCACGGUUAUGGACGACAAGAACCCGAGUGCGCGGUUUGUGGUUGUGCCCCUAGGCCAGAGGCUGGGUAAGGCGAUCUGCUGCCGGUUCUACUUUGCAGAUCACUGGAUGUUGUUCAGUGAGAUCUCCUUCCAGUCAACAGUCGCAGAUGUGGGGGCAGCGAAUCCUUUGGAACACCCUCAGCCGUCCUGGAGAGAGGGCACUUCCCAAAUCCCACCGGUUCUGAGUACUCCCAGACCGAAUGCCGGCCUUGAUCUAGGUUCCAGGCCCAGCCCCUCACCAACACUGAGCAUGUCCAGUUCUCUAAGCCCCACACUGAGUGACACUGUUAACAGCCUCGCCACCCUCACUCUUGGCAGCUCCCCUCCUCACAACAUCAGCAGACCCAUUAACAAGGUUGAGGACAGCAAUACCUCUAUUCUGAUUGGCUGUUUGGUAACCAUCAUCCUCCUCCUCCUCCUGAUCAUCAUCGUUAUCCUGUGGAGGCAGCACUGGAAGAGGAUCCUCGAGAAGGCUCCACGGAGAAUCUUAGAGGAGGAUGCGACUGUGCGUCCAUCCUUGUGCAAUGACACCAUUGUCAUUAGUAACCAGACACAGAUAUUUCAGACCAACCCCACUUAUGAGCGCGUCUUUCCAUUUGAUCUGGAAUAUCAGGAACCUGCCAGGCUGUUACGCAAGCUUCCAGAGCUUUCUCAGAGUGCAGAGGAUUCAGUGUGUAGUGGCGACUAUGCAGAACCAGACCUCACAAAAACCACUCCGCACCAGGGUUUCCAGAGUAAUGUGCCACAUUACGCAGAGGCUGAUAUCAUCAAUCUGCAAGGGGUGACUGGAAACAACACGUACGCUGUUCCUGCACUCACCGUGGACUCUCUGGUCAAGAUGGAGCUGGCCGUGGAGGAAAUCUCCCGACAUCAACUGCACUUUAAGGAGAAACUGGGGGAGGGGCAGUUUGGGGAGGUUCACCUGUGUGAGGCACCGAGUCUGCACGAGUUCCAUCGCCCAGAUUUCCUCUUUAACACAGGCCACAGGCCUGUUCUGGUGGCAGUAAAGAUGCUGCGGUCAGAUGCCACAACCAGUGCCAGGUAG